UCCAGAAACUUCGCCGUAAGUUGGGCGUCCCCAGCGGUUUCGAUCGAGCGAUGGACGAGAAGGAGGAGCGGGGCGCGGUGCUCCACGAGGCGGCAGCGUCCUUCAUUUGCCCGCCGAGGCUGGAGGACGCGGGGCUCGAGGACUGCGCCCUCCCUCCGGAGUCCAUCAUGGAGGCCUUCGCCCUCGCCGCCAUCUCCGCUGGCCCCCGCGUCGACGAAGAUGGCGACGAUGAGGGCUUCGGAGAGGCCCCCGAGGAAGAGGGUGCGUCGUGGGCGGCCUCGGCAGUGGUCGGAGGUGGCGGCGUUGGGGUAGUCGCCUCCGAUGGGCUCGCGAUUCUUGGCGGAGACGAUUCCGAUUCGGUUGAAAAGAAGACGGCGAAGGAGUAUGAAGACGAAGAGAAAGAAGAAAUCAGCAGCAGAUAAAGAUGCCAACGAAUCCAGGAACCCUAAAUUUGUAGGUUGGAGGGGGACCAUAGAUUCCAGAUGCAUCAACUGGAGUGGUCUGUAUGCAGGUAGAACAAAUUGUUUGAUAUCAAAAGCUGGUAUAAAAGUGAAAUUUCUGAAGGGUCCUGUUGAGAUAGAUGUAAAGAACUCACCACAUAUUUUCUUAUGGGUUGAAGACAUUUAUGUUGGACCCAUCUUAUCAGUGAUUUAGUGCA